AUGCCUCGGGGUCAGAAGAGUAAGCUCCGUGCCCGUGAGAAACGCCGAGAGACCCAUUGUCAGCCGCAAGAUCUCACAGGUCCCCAGGUCACUGCAGAGAAGCAAGAAGAGUCUCGCUCUUCCUCAUCCUCUUCUGCUGUUUGUCGGAGUGCUUGUCGUAGGUCUUCUGAUUCCUCCGUUCCUCAGGAGUCUCAGGGAGCUUCACCCACUGGCUCUCCUGAUGCACGUGUUUCAUGCUCAAAAUCUGAUGUGGCUGCCAAGGGUCAAGAUGAGAAAAUUCCAAGCACCUCCCCUGAUACCUCCCUUCCUCAGGAGUCUCAGGGAGCUUCACCCACUGGCUCUCCUGAUGCAGGUGUUUCAUGCUCAAAAUCUGAUAUGGCUGCCAAGGGUCAAGAUGAGAAAAGUCCAAGCACCUCCCCUGAUGCCUCCGUUCCACAGGAGACUCAGGGAGCUUCACCCACUGGCUCGCCUGAUGCAGAUAUUUCAGGCUCAAAAUCUGAUGUGGCUGCCAAGGGUCAAGAAGGGGAAAGUAUAAGCCCCUCCGAGAGAACUGCGUUCUUUACAACCGCAGACCGAGAUCCUCUAAACAGGAAGGCGAGCAAGAUAGUGCGAUUCCUGCAGGAGAAGUUUGAGAAGAAAGAGUCCAUUUUGAAGGCAGACAUGCUGAGGCGUGUCCGCAGAGAGUACAAGCCUUGCUUCCCUGAGAUCCUCAAGAGAACCUCCGAACGUUUGGCGGCGGUCUUUGGCGUUGAAUUGAAAGAAAUGGAUUCCAGCGGCGAGUCCUAUACCCUUGUGAGCAAGCUGGGCCUCUCCAGUGAAGGAAGUCUGAGUGGUGAUAAUGCGCUGCCGAAGUCGGGUCUCCUGAUGUCGCUCCUGGGUGUGAUCUUCAUGAAAGGCAACCGUGCCACUGAAGAGGAGGUCUGGGAGUUCCUGGCUGUGUUGGGGAUAUAUGAUGGGAUCCUGCACUCAAUCUAUGGGGAUACCCGGAAGAUCAUUACUGAAGAUUUGGUGCGAGAUAAGUACGUGGUUUACCGACAGGUGCGCAACAGUGAUCCUCCACGCUAUGAGUUCCUGUGGGGUCCACGAGCCCAUGCUGAAACCACCAAGAUGAAAGUCCUGCGUGUUUUGGCUGAGAUCAAUAACACCAGUCCCGGUUUAUACCCACAUCUGUAUGAAGACGCUUUGAUAGAUGAGGUAGAGAGAGCAUUGAGAUUGAGAGCUUAAGGCAGAACUGGCACUAUUCCUUUGGCCAGGGCACCUUAUGGGGCCACAUCCUACAGAUCCUCCCAUUCCGAAGUAGAAAUUUUGCUUUAUGUUAGAAGAGAGUAGUGAGCUUUCUAAGUAGUGCAGUGUAGUAGAGGCUGGAGGGAACA